AUGAAGUUUCUUGAUUGGUACUUGAAGAUUGGGGUUGCGUCGGCUUUGGUUGGAGCUUCUAUGGAAUUUUUCAUGGUCAAAACUGGCUUCUAUGACAAAGUAACUGUUUUGGAAUCAGAAAAGCGUGCCUGGGAGAAUUCCCCAGACGCCCAGGCAGUUAGAGAUGCUCUCAACCCUUGGAGACAUGUUGAUCCAAAAGAAACAAACAAGUCCUGA